AUGGAUUACAUGAGCUUGGGUAUAAGGUCGCGAAAGACCGGUCUCAACGUCAAAGAUAACGUUAAAAAGGAUGAGUAUAGUAUGGAGAAUAUCGAUGAUUUCUUCAAUGAUGAUGACUCCAGCGUUGCAAGUACCAGGAAUAAAGCGGGUAGACGCUCUACAAUGCUGUCCAUUAUGUCGAAUAAUGAGAAUUUCCCUUCUCCCGCCGUCGAAAGCCGACGCGAAUCGCUUGUUUUAGAGAGUAAGGAAUUCAAAGUACCGAGUGCUGUAGCCGACUCUAGGCGAUCAACACGACUGCCGCAACAGUAUGAGCGUAAUCUAGGCUCGUCUCUUCCGCUUGGAACGAUAGAGGAGCACCGGGCCGGUGAUUAUGACGCCGCUGAGGUAGGCGGGACCACUCCCCCUGCUGAACGAGAACCAUUAACUUACGGUUAUGACGACAACUCAUUCAGAGAAAGCCCUUCCAUCAGGCUUACACCGCAGGCGGAAAAGACUGUAACAUACAAUAAGCCACCAGAUUUAAUUGAAGAUGAUGAGGAUACAAGGGAUUUCACGUCCCUGAAUACUUCAGAAAAUGCCCUAUUAGAAGACGAAUUAGAUGAUGAUUAUGUUGGGGAAAGUGAGGAGGACGGCGAUUACGUCGAGGGAGAAUCGAUCUUGCAAGACGGAGGCAGCAGCACUGACACGGAAGAUUCAAGUGAUGACAGUGACUCAGCAAGCCAAGAUGAUGAAAGUGAUACGGAUCGGAAACGCCGGGCAAAAUCAAAGAACACACGUUACGGAAAACGCCGAGGCUUUGAUCCAGAUUCACCUACGGAGGUGUACGACUCUGAUGAAGAGUAUAUACAGAGUCAAGCCGCAGACUUGAUAGGAAACGGCAAUUUUCAGCGCCCAGAAGGUGUACGACGAUCCUCUAGAGUGAAGGUAGCGCCUCUGGAAUACUGGAGGAAUGAGAAAAUUGUCUACAAGAAAAAAUCAGAUAAACCUGUCUUGGAGAUUGACAAAAUCAUUACAUUUGAUCAUGAUCAAGAUGAGGAGGAAGAACGUUUACUUCGUGGUCCGAAAAAACAAAAGAAGCGUACGGUGAGGACCAGACCGUAUAACUAUAUUCCAACAGGAAGGCCUCGAGGUCGACCCAGAAAAUCGAAGGCUUCGUUGAUCAAAGACCUGAACCCAAACUCUGAUCUUUUAGAAGAGAUUCGCUCAGGAGAUGUGUCAGCAGCUGAAUGGCUGAAGUUCGGCAUCCUGGAAGCGAAAGUAAACAUCAGUAAGAAUCAAAUGUCCGACCAAAUCAUUGCCUUUGCUCCCAAUGUUUCACAGUCCGAACAAACGAAAGAGACGGGCGAAGAAUUUUUUUCGCUCGAGGUUCUCUUUGAUAAACACAAGGACUAUUUUGCUAGUGGUAUACUCAAACUACCAACUAAAGGUAAAAAGAAGCUUAGCGAUUCCUUUAAUGCCUUCGUGACGUUUUUCGUGAUUCAGGGAAUACUUGAAGUGCAGCUUGCUGGGAAAUCAUUUAUAAUAACCGAAGGUUCUUCCUUCCAGAUACCAGCAUUUAAUGAAUACUCGUUUGAGAACAAAGGUAACAACGAGGUCAAAAUGUUCUUCGUACAGGUGACUAUCCCAACACAUAGGUUGGAAGUAGAGGAUGAUAGUGCGACGAGAAGUACGACCAUAGAGCCCAAUAGAUUUGAAAACUCCGAUCAGGUAGAAGACGAGCGUGAAGAGCCCCAGCAAGGUCUCACAUCGUCGAGUAACAUGAGUAUGUCGGAGAUUUGA